AUGCUGCCGCCCUUGGCCACCGUCCUCCCCGCCGCCGCCUCCCGCUGUCCUAUCCGCAGCGUUAUCUCAGCAAGAACCUGCCGCUCCACCGCCGUCCGUCGCCCACCCUAUCCAAGUUGCUGCCACCGCGGCCGCGGCAAGAAACCCAGCCCCGGACCCACAGCGCCAUCGUUGUUCCCGCUCCCGGAGGGCUCCAUCACGCCGUGGCUGCUGCGGUGCCUCCGUGCGCUCGCUGUUGCCACACUAGCGGUCGCAUUUUCAGCCCCGUCGCUUCUCCAGGCUGCCCCCGCCUCCUCGGUCGGUGAGCGUUCACCGCUGGACGCCACCGCGUACGACUGUGAAGAUGUCGGGCGUUACUACGCGGGCUUGGACGGCCGCACUGGCGACGAGCUAAGGACGGAGCUCGCCGCCGUCGUCUCGCCCCACGCCGCUCUGCGCUACAAAGAUGUGUGGGAGGCGCUUAAGAUUCUCGAUGCAGCUGAUGCAGAACACCCUGAGGCGUCCUCGGAAGUGAUUGAGAUAUACUCACAGAGAGCUGUGUCAAAGCUCUUAGCAGGAAAACCAGAUGGAUGGAACAGGGAGCACCUCUGGCCUAGAUCGUAUGGCCUAACCUAUGGUCCAUCACUAACAGAUCUUCACAACAUACGUCCUGCAGAUGUCAAUGUAAAUUCUUCACGGGGAAACAAAUAUUAUGGAGAAUGUAGUGCCACAUCAGUAAGAUGUGUGAGGCCAGCAAAUCAGGAAGCAGCACCUGACACUGAGACGGACACUGAAAAAUGGGCACCUCCUUUUCAGGUGCGUGGAGAUAUAGCUAGGUCCCUUAUGUACAUGGCGGUAAGCUAUGGAUCUAGCCAGAAUGAUGGAACUCCACAUUUGGAAAUUUCUGAGUCACCAAAUAUUCAAAUAAGAAAGAUGGGCCUAUUAUCAGCUAUACUACGGUGGAAUGAACUUGAUCCACCAUCAAGAUCUGAGCAGCUUAGGAAUGACAGGGUUUGCAGCCUUUACCAGCAUAAUCGAAAUCCUUUUGUCGAUCAUCCAGAAUUUGCAAAUCUUAUAUGGACGAACCCUCUAACAGAAACUUCAACUUUCAUUGGGGAAUCACAGCAAUCUUGGGUCAAUGAGUUCCACUAUGAAAAUAAAGGCAAAGAUAAGAAUGAGUUUGUUGAGUUAGUGGUACGUAUGCCUUUUGAUGCGAAGGAACUCAUGCUCGUACUCUAUAAUGGAGCAAAUGGGAAAAUGUAUCGCUCUCUUAAUCUAGCAGACAAGGAAGCCUUCACUGUGACAGAAAUCAGCUCUGAUUAUCUGUUAUACACUGUUUGUACCCCUCUCCAAAAUGGACCAGCAGAUGGCAUAGCUCUUGUCUACUAUAGAUAUAAUAGGGAAGCUGAAGUAUUGCAAUUUUUGUCCUAUGAAGGGAGCAUGAGAGCACAGGAUGGACCUGCCAAGGGUAUGGUCUCCACAGAUAUCAUGCUCAAGGAGACCGAUGAGUCAUCCGACCAAGAUUCGCUGGGACUUGGUGGUCAGAAAAUUGGUGAGUUUGCAUGGAGAAAGAUGGUAGGGAAUGCAACACCUGGGAAGCUGAAUGCUGAACAGACGUUUUAG